AAUCGAUGUCGUGAUCCUGCCCGCCAUCAUCAUCGGCAGCAUCUUUUCGAUGAUGGAUCGCAGCUCGAUGGGAAACGCCAAGGUUGCCAAUAUGGAAAAGGACCUCCAUCUGCGCCCCACCGAUUUCAGCAUUGCCAGCAGCCUGUUCUACCCGACCUAUCUUGUAUUCCAGCCCCUCUCCAACUACAUGCUGAAACGCGUCGGCGCCAGAACCUGGCUGCCGCUGCUGACGCUGCUGUGGGGAGCCGUCAUCAUCGGCCAGGCAUUCAUUACCAACCGCGGCCAGCUUUUCCUUUGCCGUGUUCUCCUGGGCAUCCCGGAGGCCGGAUACAAUUCGGGCGCCAUCUACCUGAUCUCGUACUGGUACCCGCGCAAGCGCGUCACCCGGCGUGUCUCGAUAUUCUAUACCGGCACGGCCAUCGGCACUCUGAUCUCGGGCCCAAUCGCAAUCGGACUGACGAAGCUCAACAGCGGGUUCGUCAAGUCGUGGCACGCCAUAUUCUUCGUCGAGGGUGUCAUCACCUGUGCCUGGGCAGUUGUCAUGUACUUUGUCGUGCCGAGCUACCCGGACGACGCCAAGAUCCUGACAUCCGAUGAGCGCGAGGCAUUGUCGCAGGCCCUGAACGAGGAGAAGCAGGAAUCGGGCCGCCACCAGAUCAACAAGCGCCGGUUCAUCAUGUGCCUGUUCAACCCCUCGAUGCUGCUCAUGUCCCUGAUCUUGUUCUGCUCCAACGUCUCCCUCAACACAAUCAUGCUGCGCUGCCCGGCCUCUGCGGCUUCAUCGGCAUUGUACUGGUUCAACUGGCAUGUGCGCUGGUUUGGCUCACACUACCGCGCCAUCAUCUUCAAUGGCGCCGUCAUGGCCCUGGGCGGCAUAAUCAUGCUGGCCACGCUCAAUGUCGGCGCCCGCAUGUUCGCCCUGUGCCUGUUCGGCUUCGGCAGCUUCGGACUCCUGGGACUCGCCCCCGGCUGGCUCGCCACCAACGUUGCCUCGAACAUUACCUUGGGAAGCGCCGCCACCAGCGUCCUGCUUAUCUGCGGCGGCCUCGGCGGCAUCGUUGCCUCCAACAUUUACCGCAACAAGGACGCGCCCCGCUACUUGCUGGGCCAUGGCAUUAAUUUAAUGGCCGGCCUGUUGUCGAUCGUGCUGGCACUCCUGGCCAGGUGGAACAUGGGACGGAUCAACCGCAACAAGGAGCUGAGCCCGAUUGAUAUUUCGAAUAUGACUCAGAAGGAGAUCCAAGAGCUCGAGGAGCGCCAUCCCGACUUCCGCUACGUUUACUGAUACUCU